AUGGCGCUUGCUGCUUCUGGCUGCCGCAGCAGCAGCAGCAGCAGCUGCAGCGAGGGCGACCCGAACGAGCAGCAGCAGCAGCAGCAGCAGCAGCAGCAGCAAGACGCGUACCUCGUCGCAGCUGACAUGAUCCUCCCGCUGCCGGAAGAGGGGCCCCCAGCCCCCGGGGGGGCCCCCCUAGUGGUUUAUUUGGAAGCAGAAGACCAGCUGCUGCAGAUGACCCACAUCUCAUCUUUUGCCCCACAAGACACAGAGGGGGGCCCCCCCCCGGGGGGCCCCCUGGUGUUGGGGGGGCCCCGUUUUGGCUUCGGGCGGGGCUGGUGGCGCCGGGCCAGGGGCCUCUUUGCUGCAGGAGGGGGGCCCCCCAGUGGGGCGGACUUUUUGGUGGGUCUGGACCCUGGGGGCCCCCCGGGAGCCCCCUUUGGGGAGGGUUCUGAAGACUACCUUGUGCAGCCACCGGGGGGGCCCCCGGAGGGGCUUCCCCAGGGCGACGGCGCAGCCAGCCCGCAGCAGCAGCAGCAGCAGCAGCUGCAGCAGCAGCAGUGGCCGCGCCGUGCUUGGAGCUGCUGCGCUGCUGCUGCUGCAGCAGGGGGCCGCAAACUGAAGGAAAGCUGCAGGCAGCUGCUGCUGUCUUCCCCCGUGAGGGAGCCGCAGCACCACCUGCUGGCCCCGCUGCUGCUGUUUGUGGUUUGCUGCAGCUUGGCUGCGCAUGCAUUGAUAGCCCGGGGCCGGUGGGGCCCCGCUGCUGCUGUUGCUGCUGCUGCUGCUGCUGCAGGGGCUGCAGUACAGGUGUUUGUGUCUGUGGAGGUGCUGCGGGAAUUCAAAGCAGCACAUCCCCACGUCUCUGUAGCUGCUGCUGCUGCAGUAGCAGCAGCUCGCUGGGGCAGCCGUGCCCGGGAAUUUGCUGCUCGCUGCUGGCUGCUGUGGAGAGCAGCAGCACGAAAGGCCGGCAGGGGCCUCCGUGCUGCUGCUCGGCUGCUGCAGCAGCAGCAGCGGCAAGCAGCACGGGAAGCAGCCCGGGGGGCUCCAGGGAGCGCGCUGCUGGACCGGGGCCCCUCGGGGGUCUCCGUGGAAAUGGAAACAAUAUCGGGGGGCCCCCCUGCUGCAGCAGAAGGGGGGCCCCCCGGUGCAGCAGGAGGGGGUCCCCCCUUGGCGGCAGAGGUCCCGGCGAGCCCGAACGAGCCGCGCGGGCUGGUGCAGCAGCAGCUGCAGCAGCAGCUGCAGCAGCAGCUGCAGCAGCAGCGCAGCAGCAGCGCAGCAGAAGAGGCCGAGCUGCUGCUGCGGGCGCUGCUGGCAGCACCUUUCGUGGGCCUCGCCACGGGGCUGCUGGCAGGCCUUGUGGGGAUUGGGGGGGGCCUCGUGUUCUCUCCAAUGCUGCUGCUGCUGCAGCAAGACCCUGUUGUUGCAGUGGGGACUUCAUCGGCCUGCGUAGUUUAUACUUCUUCAGCCACCAGUCUGCAGUUUUUGCUGCUGGGCCGGCUGCACCUGCUGCCCUGCCUGCUCUUCGGCAGCACAGCAGCAGCAGCAGCAGCAGCAGGCUGCCUCGGUGUCCACGCAGUCCGCAGACUCUGUGCUGGCAGAAGAAGCUUCGUGGCUUUUCUUGUUGCUGCAGCAAUUGCUCUCGCCACUUUAAUGACGGCCCGCCGCUACUUCCACGGGGGCCCUGUUUGA